AUGCUCCCCUCGUACUCUACUCCACAACUUCGUAAGCUGAAAUUGUAUUGGCUACGACUAUCAAAAGAGGUCGUCCAAGACAGUACUCUACUAUUUGAUUCAUUUGACAUGAGGAGGGAAGUUUUCGAGAGGGUGGAGCUGCCUUACCAUGCUGCUUCUACAAAGGAUUUGUCUGGAACUUCCAGAUGUUUGUUGAACGAAGAGGCCAUGGUAUCUCUUUUCAAGGUCCACGAUGCUAAUGCGACAAGAGACUAG